GGAAACUAGUCGAGUGAAUUUCUUCAAGCGCGUGGCUGUGGUAACCGAUAAAACUGAGGUGGGAAAGUUCCAGUUUAUCUAAAGGUCUAACUGCACUAUUGAGAGGGAUCAGUACUACUGGCAAAAUGGACAGAAACGAACCCCUUGACUGCUCCGUCGUAAACCAGAGAGAACGCCAAAGAAUGGAACGUGACCUAGAGGAAAUCAUUAGCAAGAUCAACCUCUUGCCCGAAGAAGAAAAGCAGCAAGAUUAAAGAGAUUUUAAAGUGCUUCAAGAAAAAACAGAGAAGAUGAAUACUAACGCGAAAAAGACUGCUGAGAGUCUUCGUGCAGCAGCUAAGAAACUAGAUGACGUGUGGAGGGACUGCAAGACAGCACAUGCGGUUGGAACCAGCGUUGGAAUAGUGGGAGGGAUUCUCUCAAUCGGUGGAGGAAUUGCAGCGACACUGACAGCUGGGGCUGCUACUCCUUUGUUCAUAGCAGGAUUGUGUCUUGGAGGCGCUGGAGCCACUACAAACCUUGGGACAGCCAUCGUUGAAGAUUUGAUAAAUUCUGCUGUAAUAAAAAAGGCCGAGAAACACUUGGAUGAGACCAUAGAGAGUGUAAAUGAGGUAAACAGGAUCGUCCAAACAGUUUUGAUAGCGAAAGAAAGAGUAAGGCUUAUCUAUAUUUAUUACCUUGCGAUAACCCUCAAAUUGGGAAGCCCUGUGGUCAUGAAGAUUCUUCGUGAGCUUGUGUUUUUCUCCUCGGGAACACCUACUAAAAUGGUAGACCAAGUAGCACAAAAGGUAGUGGAAUUUGCACUGGCAGCGAGUCAAGCCGGUGCAAAAGCUGCAACCCAAGGCGGUGCACAAGGGGCAGGAAAGGCGGCUGCGCAAUCUGUUGACGAUGUGGUACGAGCAACGGGUCAGGCUGGAGCACAAGCGGCUGAUGACGUAGUCCAAGCAGGGGCUAGAGCUGGCUCUGAGGCGGUCGGUGAAGUUGUCGGUAAAGUCGUCAUCGGGGUCAAUGUUGCAUUUGUGGUUUGGGAUGCCAUAGACCUGGGCUUUACAAUCAGGGAUCUCAUUAAAAACAAGGGAUCUGAAGCUGCAAAAUUUCUGAGAAAAAAGGCAGACGAACUCGAUGAUGCCUUGAAAGAGUAAUCAUCGUUAAAAAUGAGGAGUCCAAACUUAUUUUCAAUAAAUUUACAUUAUUCUACGUUGACGCUAAGAUUUUCAAGGAAAAGUUACAAUUUUGCAUUUUUGAUAUACCUCAGUGAGCAAAUCACAUGUUACGACUACUUUAACGGCAUCUAGACAACUUCGCUCUUUUGCGCGACCUCUCCUCUUUUAAAUUCCCUAGAAUAAUGAUAAGGAUGUUCUGUUUUAAUUCGUUGUAUGCAGUAGAGAGGACGUAAUAAAAUAAACACAGAGUAAUUAAA